AUGAGCAAGGGAUCACGUUCAAGUACUUCUAUGUAUUCGAGGUUCUGGUUGGUAAUUGCAUUUUUGACUUAUCGCAUUCGUACAAAUAAAGUUAGUGGUCAGUGUCACACAGCGGAAUACUCUGUGAGAGGAAUGUACCUCCGUGGUCACACGUUUAAAAACGUCCAAGUGGAAUUACAUGAGACGUGCUACUUCAAGUGCACGGAAGAAGUCACAUGUCAGAGCUACAACUUCGUCAUUGGUCUUAACAUAUGUGAGCUAAACAAUCGUACAAAGGAAGCAAGACCAGAAGAUUUUUUGCCAGAUGAGAUGAGAUACUAUAUGAAGCGUCUUACUAACAGAGGUUGUUAUCAUGUUGAUAGAGAAGUCUUAGACAUAAGUUCAAAAAAAAUUUUUUACCUCUCUUGAGCUUCUGAUUUCUCCACUAACUGAGCUAUAGAAAGCUUAUUGGAGACUUGAGGCUAUACACCACAUUAGUUCGAAAGUAUGGGUCUAACUAGGGUAAUUUAGUAUUAUCAACUAAGUUGAUAACGUAAAUUGGCCACCGUUUCGAGUUUUAAAGCUGACGUUUCGAUCGUUAGUCUUUCGCUGAAUGUUAUAUUCUCCCACCGACGCAGCACCACAGUUUCUUUAGAAAAUAACCCCCUUUAUUCUUAUGCCUCUUACUAUCGAGUUUGAGGUCCGUUCUGUAAGUUACGGACCGGGUUUUUCCUGCUCGGAUUUAUGGCCCAAGCUCAACAUACGUAAGAUAUAAAUACGAGCAGAAAAAAAACCUAGUUCUAUAACUUAUAAUAGAAACCGAGAAAUAAGGUUAGACAUUUCUUAUAUCUGUAGGAUCAAAUGGAGAGAGAAGAUUUCAAUUCAAAAAAAAUUCCAAUAAUCUAUUUUUACGCAUUGCAACCUAUUCUCUUGUGAUCAGUUACGUCUGAGACUGAAGCUAGAGGGUUCAACCGAAAUUUAGAAAAGGGACUUCGCUAAACGAUGGUUCAAACGACGAGGGUCAGUCGCUAAUUGGUCAGUUCGGGAAGUUUACCAGCAAUCUUUCAUCUACUUGCGAGCGGAUGUGUCGCACAUUAUUCAUAGACCAUUAGAGAUGCACAGAACUUCUUCCUCGAGAAGAUGACAAGUGCAAAGCCUUCUAGAUGGAAACUAUCUUUCCGAAUUUGCAAAUGAAUGAAUCCCUUCCUCGCAUGAAAAGUUUUUUACUUAGCCUAAUUUUGAUAGUCAGGAGGUUUGUAACCCAUUCUAUUGCUAUCGUAUAGUACCCCUGGGAUCUAUCGCCGAGCUUCCAGCUGAAUCGUGCACAGAGGUUAGAGCAAGUGAAGGUAAUGAUGUGGAAAAUAAGAAACACUGGAUAUACUCUGAUGAGAAAAGUUUACCAAUAGAGGCUCUUUGUGAAGGUAAUCAUAUAUUAUAGUCAGUAACCACAGAAAGGUCUGAUCCUAAAGAAAUUCUAUCACAAAGCUGACGACACGUCAUUAGAUUUUGGAACUGGAAACCUAUUGGUCCACUAAUUUAAAAACAGCAAUUUAGUCAGUUUGUCACCUUAUCAGUCGACCUGUCUGUACGUUUAAAGGUCCAUCGAUUGAGAACCUAAGUGUUAUAGGGGUAUGUAAUUUGUCUAUAAGUUCUAACAAGUAAUUCGAUGCAACUAAUCGCAAAUAAUAGUAAAUUUUUAUAGACUGUCCUAAAGAGUGCUGCAUCGAAUAUACACCAUUGCCCGUCCGAUUGGUGUGGAAUGUUCCAGUACUGGACUAUAAUGGACUCACGGUAACUUUAUUCAGCAAACAUCCAAGCUAUAUCCAAAACUUAUGUCUACAUUCAAACUGUUUAUGAGUACAAAAUUAAUUAUUGAAAAAAAUAGUAACACCCACUAUUAGUAGCCACGUGUUCAUUUCCAGGAGGAGUAGGUCCUUACCUGAUGAAGACCUCAGAAACGUUGAUUGUUUGAAUUUAAAGUUCUUAGUUUUAUCAAUUCCACUAUAGGUAGCUGGCAGAAGGUAAAUGGUGAAUAUUCUGUCUGCUUUGGAGCGAAAGAUAAUCAGUAUGGUUCCGUGACAAUCCCCAAAAGUGGACGUCUCCGAGCCAUGAAGCUCAUCCACAAAUCAGGAUCGGUAUGCUGCAAUCGCGUAACUGGCUCAUCGUUCUGGGGUUGCACUUACAGUGCAUAUAAUGGAAAACUGUCGACAAUUAUAACAGAUGCUGAUAAAAACGCCGUCCUACCUCCUGAUGAAGACCUAGAAGGCUUUAAUGUCUCACAAUCUCACGGAUGUGGCACCGAAAAACACUUUUACAGUCUCGAUGGGACCAGCCACAAUUCUACUGUACUGGUUUUUCGCAACCUUUCGAAUCCGUUGUCUGUGUCACGCGAUCAAGAGUUGCAGAUAUGGUACGGGCAAGAUCUGAAAGACUGUUCGGAACGUGGGAACAGUGGUAAAACUUGUGUUGAUGUGUUUGCAUGGUACGAGUAA